GCGAUCAUGGGUUCUUUUUCUAGAAACUUGUAUGCAGCAAUAGGUGAAGGGAAAUCAACCACACGGCCACCUCUUUUUGAUGGAACCAAUUAUACAUAUUGGAAAGAACGAAUGAGAAUCUAUAUUCGUUCCACGAACUUCCAAUUAUGGUUGGUUAUCAAAAAUGGGGAAGAGGUGCCAAUGAAGAAAGUCGGAGAUAAGUUGAUCCCCAAGACCGAAGACGAAUUUGAUGCCGAAGACAUCAAGAAAGUAGAGAACUAUGCAAAGGCAAUUAACAUGCUCUACUGCACGGUCAACCCUGAUGACUACCGCAAGAUCUCCUGCUGCUCAACCGCCAAGGAGAUGUGGGAUAAGCUUGAGGUGACGUACGAAGGAACGGACCAAGUACGUGAAGCCAAGAUCGACUUUCUCACCCAAGAGUAUGAGAUGUUUAGGAUGAAGGAGCACGAAAAGAUCGACGACAUGUUCGACCGCUUUUCCCAGAUAAUCAACGAUCUUCAUGCAUUAAAGAAGAGCUACACCGACAGGGAUCUUGUGCGAAAGAUCCUACGGAGCUUGACAUCCGAAUGGCGAUCUAAGGCCGAUGCCAUCUAUGAGUCAAUUGGCACAUCAAAUGUCACCAUCGACGGUUUAAGAGGUAACUUAAAAACUUAUGAAUCUACUAUACUCAACCCGCCUUUGAAUGACCAAAGGAAAGGCAUAGCAUUGAAAGCCUUCAAAGAACCGACGAUGAAUGACUCAAGCGAUGAUGAUGAAGUCAAGCUUGUCAUGAAGAAGUUUUGCAAACUUCUAAAGAAGAAAGAAAAGGUUGAGGAUGACCCUUUGUGCUAUGGAUGUUGUGAAGCCGUGCACAUCAAGAACAAAUGCCCAAGAAGCGGAAGGAAUGCUCGUCACUUCAAAAAGCAAAGAGCAUACAUCUCUUGGGGUGGCGACUCCGGCGAUGAGUCAAGCGAGCAAGAGGAAGACGAAGAAGCAAACCUUUGUCUCAUAGCUCAAGAAGAAGAGGAGUCCGCCAACGACGAAAACCAAGAGGUAUGUAGACUGGAAUCCGCCAACCACGAGAUCAUGGGUUGGCCAAGCGCCAGUCAGCUAGGCCAUGGUUCUGGGCUAGCCAUUUACCCAGGGAUGGUAGAUAUCACCCAUCCAUGGGUAAGUGAUCCCGGGAUUCCAGAAUCAUGCCACCCAGCGAUGGGUAAGCAGCCUUCAGCCCAAUUGAAUUCCAGAACCAUGCCAAACAGCGAUGGGAAGCUCUACCCAUCGCUGUUCAAGCCUUGGUACAACAUUAUCACAAGGCAGAAUGCCCUUACCCAGCGAUGGGAGAUAUUACCCAUCCAUGGAAACUUCUUCUUCAAGAGUGCUUGCAUCUUGUUCCACGAGGUCACCGGGGACUUGUUUUCUCUUCUACGCCUAAUGGUGACGUUGGUCCACCAUGUUGACGCAUACUUUCUGAACUUUAAGGCCACGAGUUUGACCUUCUUCUCUUCGGACACAUUCUUGAAGUCAAAGACACGUUCAAAGUCUGAUCCGUCACAUGUCCUGCCCGAGGGCGCAGUCACCCUCGAUGAGAGUCUUACCUACGAGGAAGAACCCAUACAGAUCUUGGCACGCGAAGUAAAGGAACUGAGGAACAAGACAGUUCCCUUGGUCAAGGUGCUUUGGCAGAACCAUGCAGUGGAAGAAGCAACCUGGGAAACCGAGGAGUCCAUGAGAGCUCAGGAAGCCUACAUCGCUGUUCCAGAAGUUUCUGGAAAUCCAACCUUGGCUCAACAGCGAUGUCUAACAUCCAACAUCGCUGUUGGAAGACUUAACGCCAAACCAUGGUUUUCAGCCACCCAAGCCAGACAGCGCUGUUGGUUUCACCAACAUCGCUGUUGGGCUGGUUUAGCCAGACCCAUGCCGGUUGAGGGAGUCGGCGAUGGAGGCGAGGUUGGCCCGGGCCUGGGGUUCGGCUGGGCCAGCGGCAGGGGCAGUGCGGUGUGGUGCGGCAGUGGCAGGCGUGGCGUUGUCCGACCGCUUGGUGAAGGUUUGGGCGCUUAUCGUCCAAAGCUUCGUGGCCUUCGUGAGUGGGCCAACGGUGGUGGUUACCUUGAACCGUUCAAGGAUGUCCAUCACCAAAAUUGGGUACGGGAGGAGGUGAUCGUGGUCGGUGGACGCGGCGAUCGUCAUGUUGAUCAUGACAAACUUUGCCCAAUUGAUUGGGGCCGAGUGCAUGAUCGCGUGGACGAGCUUGAGGUCCUCUCCGGACAUGAUUGUGUGGCCGUGCUUCCGGGGUUUGAUGAUCUGGGACACGAUGUAGAGAACGAGACGGUCUUCGGGGUUAGCGGAGUGGAUGGUGGGGCGGCCCGAGGCAUGGCGUAUGAGCUCGGUGAUGCCAAGCUCGUUGAGGAUAAGGCCCUCGUUGUUGAGCACCCAGUCCUCUCCGCCAUAGUGAGAGACAUCGUCGCCUUGGAAGGGAAGGCCGGCGAUGCGCCCAAGCUGCUCUACAGUGAGCUCAAUCGGCGUGGACUUGACGAGGCUGUAGAUGACGUCGUCCUCACGCCGGAGGUUGGAGUAGAAGGCCCGGAUCAGCGCCGGGUUGAUCUCCUUCCGCGCCCGAGAGACGAACGGCCAAAGGUCGGCUUGAUGAAGCUGUGCGUCUAGGUCGUCGUAACCCUGCAACUCCGGGUAGCGCUCCGGGAUGAUUCGCGGGGGAGCCACAACCCGUUUAGAGAAGAAGGUGAGGAAACGGGUGCGUUCCUCCUCGGAAUCAAACCAGAG